AUGGAGCUGAACCUCACGGCUCUGAACUGUAUGGUCUCUGCCAGCGAUGUCCUGGACGUGGUUCUCCCCUGCCUGUUCUUCCUGAUGUUCCCUCUGGCCCUGCUCCUGAACGGCGUGGCGGCGUGGGUCUCCCUCCACCUGCGCUCCUCCAACACCUUCAUCGUCUACCUGAAGAACCUGGUGGCGGCCGACCUCAUCAUGACCUUGACCUUUGCCCUGAAGGCGGCCAGCGAUCUUCCCACAGCCACGCUGGGCCUGCAGGUCCUCACCUGCCGCUUCUCUGACGUCUUCUUCUUCACCUGCAUGUACAUGAGCAUCACCUUGCUGGGCCUCAUCAGCCUGGAUCGCUUCUUCAAGGUGGUGCGGCCCGGAGGCAGACUGUUGGGCCAGAACCUGCUCUUCAGCCGGCUGGUGUGUGGGGCGGCCUGGGUGGUGUUAUUUGGAGGAAUAGCGAUUCCGACCAUCAUUCUGACAGACCAGGAACCCACCAACGCCACAAGGUACUCCUGUAUGUCUCUGAAGAGCCUGGCUGGCCAGGAUCUAUACAUGUAUUCAGGUUUCUUCAACAACAUCCUGUUCUGGUCUGUCAGCGUGCUGGUGCUGUUCUGCUACGUCUGCAUCACCAACAAGGUCCUCCAGUCCUUCAGGAACUCCGGCAGCAACAACAGCCAGGGCCAGAAGAAGACCAAGCUCCGUGUCUUCCUGGUUCUGAUGGUCUUCUUCGUGUGUUUCGUGCCCUACCACGUGGUGAGGGUCCCCUACAUCCUGGUUCAGACCCAGACCCUGGACCGCUGCACCGACGUCUGGAUCCCCAUCGGUAACAAGAUCACCCUGUGGCUGUCCACAACCAACAUCUGCCUGAACCCCCUGCUCUACGUCUUCCUCUGCAGGGAGUUCAGAGAGAAACUGGUCGCCAUGACGGUUCUGGGAAGAGGAAUGUCAGGAAUCACAGAAGAGUCCUCACAGCAGAGUUGUCAACAGGGCUAG